CACACACCAUCAAAGCGUAUGCGAUGCAUAGGUGUAGGACUGGCUGGCACAGCGUCAGGGUCCUUCUUGGUCAAGAAAGCACGAGUCACUCACCUUCAGAUGGAGGGGAUUAUCAAAGACCCCGUCAUCGAACACAUUCCGGAUGAGCUCCCAGUGCCUGACUGGAGUUUACUCCAUUCCAACACCCCACUCCAUUCCUAUUCCCGACACGACCUCGAGGAACGGUGUAACGCACUGACUGAAGCGUUGGGGCACGCAAAGGUCCAACUGGCUGUGGCACACGAGAUAAUGAGUGGUCAGAGCGCGCAGUUGAUUGUGCAGAACAUGGGCAUGGAAGCUAUGAACCGCGCCUUAUUCGAGAAGGAACAGCCAAAGAAUAGAGACAGGACAGCAAUGUUUCCCAAAAACUUUGGACGACAUGCUACUGCUCCUGAGUGGGUUCUACAGAAGCGGACUCUGGAGGAUGAGGGGAAGCAGAAGGAGGCGGAUAAAGCCCAGAGGAAAGUCACGAAGGCGGGUAAGAAGGCGAGGAAGGUGGAAUUAGAGGAGAGAUGGAAAGCGGUCUGCGUCGCUCAUGAGGAGGCCAUUGUGCAGUGGAAAGCAACAUGUGAGACGUUAAAGGCGAGUGGUGUGGCGGCUAAGAACCUCCCAAAGAAGCCCAAGCGUGUCUUGAAAGCGUCUCUGGUGGAGGAGAGUGAAGACGGGGAUGAAGCGGGUGGGAGCGAUGAAGAGAGUGAUAGCGAUGAUGAGUGA